GCGGCUUACAUACUACUUACGGAAAAGCGAAAAUCAUAAAUAAUUACAAAAAAAUGCGCUUAUCUAAUUUGUGGUUACUGCUGAUCCUGCUUGGCAUGAUAAGCUACGCAUCGGCAAGUGUGUGCACAGUGCGAAGAGGCAAUCGACUUGUACGCGUUUGUUGUAGAGGAUACACUAAAGCGGCAAAUGGGUGCAAACCUAAUUGCUCUAAAGGCUGUGAGAAUGGGCUUUGCAUCAGGCCGGAAGUGUGUGCUUGUAAAUCUGGCUACGAGAAACAAAAUAAUCAUCGUUGCAGACCACACUGCGAUAAGUGCACGCGAGGCACCUGCAUUGCGCCGAAUGUAUGCAAGUGCAGUACCGACUAUGCGCUGAACGCCACUGGCGACUGCGCGCCUGUCUGUAAGCCAGCCUGCAAAAAUGGUAUAUGCAUAGCGCCGAAUAAAUGCCACUGCUUUCCCGGAUAUCAAGAAAAUGCCAAUGGUGAUUGUGUGCCCAAGUGUGAAAAUGGCUGCGAUAAUGGUGUUUGCCAAACGCCAAAUCAGUGCGCCUGCAAUAGCGGCUACAAAAAAGAUGCCAGUGGUCGGUGCCAGCCGAUUUGUGAAGACGGCUGCCWGCAUGGCAUAUGCCGCGCCCCAAAUGUGUGCGAGUGUUCCAAGGGGUACCACAAAUCUAACAAUAAAACGUGUAUGCCUUUUUGUGAUGAUGAAUGUAUCAAUGGAAAUUGCGUAGAGCCGAACGUCUGUGAAUGUAAGCAGGGAUAUGAAAAGGAGUCGUAUAAUAUCUGCAGACCUUUCUGUAAACAACAUUGCGCGAAUGGUAAAUGCAUUGCACCAAACUUGUGCGCAUGUAAUAAGGGCUACGAAAUGGUUAACGAAAAAUGUCUACCAAUUUGCUUGAGUGGUUGUCCGAAUGGUCGGUGCGUGGCGCCAGAGACCUGUGAGUGUACCAAAGGAUAUCUUAUGAGCGCUUCG